AUGGGAAACUUCUUCUUCCUCCUCCUCGUGCUGAAUCUGAGUAUCUUUGCCAUUACAGAAGCAGCGACGCCGCCACCUUCAUCCAGAGGAGGAUGCACCGAUCAGCUAAUUCUAUUCUCUCCGUGUCUGUCUUACGUUUCGUCUCCUCCAAACAACCUAUCGGAGACAGCUUCAACCAAAUGCUGCGGCGCUUUCUCAUCGUCGUUCGCACCUAACUCCCUCUGUUUCUGCUAUCUCCUCCGUGAUAAUCACAUCCUCGGCUUCCCUAUGAACUCCACAAGGCUUCUUUCACUCUCCUCCCUCUGUCUUUCGCCUCCACCAACCAUCUCUUCUCUCAACUUUCUUUGCGGAGAAUCACCGACUCUGCCUCCUCUCAGUAGCGCUGAUAUUUUACGGAAUCCCAACAAUUCUUCGGUAACAGGGUCAGUGUCCGGUGCUUCAGGAGGGAAAACGGCACCGCACAAUGACAAGGGACCAGGGACAACAUUGUACUUUCCAUCGUUGAAUGGUUCAACUUCAACACUCAUUGAUGGUGGAUACUACUGCAAGUUUUUGCUACUUGUUAUGCUUCCACUCUUCAACCUCAACAUGCUUUACUUUUAA